AUGAGGCGGUCAAAACGGAGUGGAGUGUGGGAGCAUUUUAGACUAAUUAACGAUGAAAAAGACGCACAAUGCAAACUCUGCGGUGCUACAUUUAAAUUCAACAGCUCUACGAGUUCGCUAAGAUACCACCUGAACAACUUGCAUGUAGCCAUUUCGUCGCCUUCACAACCAACAAUCGCUGCUGUGGUGGGAAGGCGAGUAUGCGACCACAGGAAAGCUGAGGGCAUUACUCAGAGAAUUUGCGGGAUGAUUGAAAGAGAUAUGAUGCCAAUUAGCACCACUGAGGGCGAGGGAUUUCGGGAGUUAAUACAAUUCAUGGAGCCAGGAUAUAAUAUCCCUUCGCGAGCGACUAUAACUUCCCACUUGGAAGCACGCUACAAAAAUAAGAAGGCUAAGCUAAAAACACUGUUAUCCGCGGCUAAUGUGGCUCUGACGACGGAUUGUUGGACAGCACUGACUACAGAAAGCUACAUCACGAUCACUUGCCACUACAUUGAAAACGACUGGCAGGUAAAGUCGGCAGUCCUUCUCACGGAGAGCUUAUCAGAGAGACAUACAGCUGAUAAUUUAGCUGACAAACUGAACCAGGCUGUGGAGUCAUGGGGACUCACCGGGCGUGUAAUAGCCUGUGUACACGACAACGCUCGGAACAUUGUCUCAGCAAACAACCCUGCACGAGUCAGUUGGAAAUCAGUUUCUCAUUCCAAACUGCUUGAACUGGCUAUGGCAGAACAUGUGGACUCCACAUCAACAAAUGAAGCCACCACUGGAGAUGAUGUGCCAGUCCAGGGAGCUGCACUUCAGAGACACACUUCUGCUAUGACUCUUCUACUGGGUGAAAACUAUACCACCAGCAGCAAUGAUGACAUAGAAAAGGAAGUGGACAUGUUUCUGAAGGAUGCCUCACCACUCCUUGAUUCCAGUCCCACAGAAUGGUGGAAAGUCAAUGAAGGGAGAUUUCCAAGGCUGGCAAAUGUGGCACGACGAUAUCUGUGCAUACCGGGCACGUCUGUCCCAUUUGAACGUGUAUUCUCAGCAGCUGGCCUCACUAUUAUCCUCUCCGGCUACAUCGUCAUCCUGUGUGAGAGCCCUAGUCGGUCGUCUUAG